AUGGUGAAGAGCCUUGAUUCCAUGUCAUAUAAGGAUCAUUUGAAGGAACUGAUGAUAUUAAGCUUGAUGAAGAGAAGACUCAGCUGGAACAUGAUAGUGUUUUUCAAAGAAGGAACACACCACAUUUGUCAUUUGCUGAUGGAAACAAAAGUUGUGGGAGAGGCUGUAGAAAAGGAUCAGGAAGUGCUGGCAUUAAGUGUGGUGACUAUAGUUUCAUCAGUUAUUUCUUUAGGAACAUAUGUUUGUUACAGAAAUGAUAAGAGCGGCGGCCGCUGUGUUGAUUCGGCAGCGACGCUGACCAGGCUCACGGGCCCGACCGAGCGCUGCCCUCCUCCAGCCCUCCAUAAGCCAGGGCGCCGCCGGCUGCUCAACCUGGCUUAUCAGCAGAGCAGGAAAGCAGACAGACAGUCAUUAGCUGCAGGGAAAUACGAAGAGGCGAUUUUGUGUCAUCAGAAGGCAGCGGCAUAUCUUUCUGAAGCCAUGAAGCUGACACAAUCAGAGCAGGCUCAGUUAUCACUGGAAUUACAAAGGGACAGCCACAUGAAACAACUCUUGCUUAUUCAGGAGAGGUGGAAAAAGGCAAAGCGCGAGGAAAAGUGGAAAGCCCAGCAGCAGAUUCCCCCUCAUCUCCUGAUGUCAGGCAGGCCACUGGCUGAGGAUGGGUCUGAGGUCCAAAAUGUGUCCAGGUCUCAGCACUUCAGUCCUUCUGCAUCAGGGUCAGGGGUCUUCGACAGGGACUCAGGCACUCUACUUUUCCUUCUUCAGAAGAGGAAAGACUCGACAGAACCGUGUGCUGGCAGCAAAGUCCCAAAGGAUGACAAAACCACGAUAGAGGAGCAGGCAACCAAGAUCGCUGAUCUGAAGCGACACGUAGAGUUUCUUGUGGCCGACAACGAAAGGUUGAGAAGAGAAAACAAACAGCUCCGUGCUGAGAAGGCCAGGCUCCAGAAGGCACCGCUGGAAAAGGAAUUGGAUGUAGAUGCUGACUUUGUAGAAAAAUCUGAGUUGUGGAGCCUGCCUCCCCCUUCAGAGACUGCCUCAGCCUCCUCCACCUGGCAGGAGUUUGCACCAAACACAGGAAAAGCCAAGGACAUUCCUAUCCCUAACCUUCCUCCCUUGGACUUUCCAUUCCCGGAGCUCCCACUUCUGGAGCUCCCCGAAGAUAUUCUGAAAGGACUCAUGAAUAGUUAA